AUGCGACGAAAAAGUUUUUGUCGUGGCACUAAAGUUGGAUGUCGGCUCGUACUUGCACAACGAAAAUCAGAGUUUUGCGCGACGAAAUCUUGGACAACGAAUUAUAUUUUCAUCGGACAAAGGUUAGUCUUCUUCAAAUCUGAGUUUUGCCAUGGCAGAGGCAGAAAGCUAAGAAUUUCUGCCUCUGCUGCUGCUGCUUCUCCUAGGAAUUCACUACAUUUAGUAGAGAUAUUUGAUGUGAUUAGCAGUUGGUGGAGAACAAUUGAGAAGAAUCCAAAUAGAUACGCAGAGGAAUACUUGGAUGGAAUCGAUGAUUUUAUUGACUUUGCACGUACACAUAACCCGGGUGCAACUAGAAUUCGAUGUCCGUGUAGGAGGUGUAACAACACAUUGUGGGAGACAAUUGAAAAUGUCCGAUUUCAUUUAGUAAGAAGUGGAAUGAUUGAGACAUAUAGCACUUGGAACCAUCAUGGGGAACAAUUAGACAAAGCUUCCUCUUCAAGGGCCACAAGAGUGGACAAUGUUGAACCUAUUUUGGAUCCUAAUGAACAUGUCAUGGAUAUUAUAAACGAUGCUUUUUCAUUUGCAUCAACCAACAUCAAUCAAGAAGAGGAAGAUGACAUGCCUACAUCAAUAGACAAUGCGAAGCUCAAACAGUAUGAAAAACUGUUAAAAAAUGUCAACCAGAGUUAUACCGGGGUGCGAUAG